AUGAACUUCAACGUCAAGACGGCAGCAGAGAGACUCCUUAUUCAGCUGAAUGAGCUUGAUGAAAUCCGUAUGGAUGCUUAUGAGAAUGCCAAAAUAUACAAGGAACGUACCAAGGCCUUACACGACAGAAAGAUUAUUCCCAGGAACUUUGAUGCAAAUGAUUUGGUUCUUCUCUUCAACUCAAGGCUGAAGAUUUUUCCCGGGAAUUUGCGUUCUCGCUGGUCUGCCCCUUUUCGAAUCAAGGAGGUCAUGCCUUAUGGUGCCGUUGUGCUUUGGGACCAAGAAGGAAAAGACUUUACUGUUAAUGGCCAACGUCUUAAGCCAUACCUUGCGGAUCAUGAUCCAAUAGAGGCUACCCUUCAACUGGAGGAGCCUCAAGCUGCUUAG